CCAACAUAAUGAACAACUAGGAUUCGGCGCUUGGAGUCAUUCUUAUUAUCAGCCCUUCGUACAGUAUUAAAUUCGCAUUGGUAUUGUGAUAUGAUAACACUAUUCUGUUCAUUUUAGGACUACUUUGUUCAAUUAUCUUCGGUCAAUUACUGAUACCUUCUGCCCUGCCAACGUUCCAUCAACCUCCGCCACAAUGCCAGCCUUGUUUCACCGAGACUUUGACCUCUCACCCCCCAAAUGGGAGUUUUCAGAUCAGUGGACUAAUCCAAGUGAUAUAUUCACCGCGCUUCUCAUCCUGGGUGGUGAUGGCGUUGAGGUGGCCAAAGCUGUCGACAGCUUGUUGGGCGUGGCUUUGUCCCAGUUGCUUUUUCGAUCGGUAUGUAGCAUGCCUAAAAGAUGGAGUCUUCUGUGCACACUUGAGGCUACGAUUUUUUACAGCCUUUAAGUUGUGUUGACAGUAAUACACUUUGCGGCUUCUGAG